UGUGCGAAAGUCUCAGCAACGGUAUUCUGUCGAAAGACUCCAUUUGUCAUUUUCUAAUAACCUCUAAACGGUCUAUGGCUGAUCCUCUUCCGUGGUCCUCGUUUGCUAGAGACCAGAAUGCUAUUCUGGAGUUCGCGGACGAUGCAUCAAAAUGCUUAGCCACCCAGAAGACCGUUUGGUAUGAUGAUCUACCCGCUGGCAGCUUUCAGCCGCAUUUACUCCCAACUACCUCAACGAAGCCUUCGACCUCCAAGUCAUAAUACAUAAUGAGGAGCAAUUUAUCCCUAUCAUGCGGUUCAAACAUCUCCACUGAAUGAUCCUACAACGAUGGCAUAUAUCCACCGCGACCGAGAUUACGACAAUGACUGGGAACAGCGCUAUGAAUCCUACCAAUCGGCCCCGGCAGAAAGAAUACACGUCUUCGACACAUCGCGACCGCGACCCUCAAGAGAUCGGACACGAGGAGAACGACGGGAUACGGCCUUCGAACGCAGACGACAUGAAGUCCGGUUGAAUGAAGAGCAAAAUACCGCGGUCCGCUGGGCGUAUGUCGUCGACACCCAUCGCAGUAUGCGAGGUCAAGCAAUCCUUGAUAGAAUCGCACUCAUCGGACCCCCUCAGAGACGCGAUCCUAAGACAAAGUUGCUGGAGAGCAUUAUCGUUCCGAUGCGCGAUAUUGAGUUGGACCCGUUGAGUGAGGGCCAGAAGCCGCCGUCGUCGAGGAAACUGAUGUACGUGGAUCCCGCACUCAGUGCAGAAGACGGCUGCACCUCCCCCCACCUCAUUGAGCGUUAUGCCUGAGAAGUACCUAGCAUAUUACCAUUCCGGGUGUUCAAAGGAAAAGUCAUCUCCGACACGCGCUGGGAGCGCCCCUACAACCGCGACUGGACCGACGGCGAGCUCGCCCGGUUCGUCCUCACCAGCCAUCGCCUCUCCCACUCUCUCAUAUUCUCCUACCUGACCAAAGUCAAGUUCCUCUACUACAUCGCCGUGGAAUACGUGCAGCACGAAGGCAAGCGCAAGAUCAAAGUCACGUAUACGCACGCCCUGGCGUACAGAGGCCCGCGGACGGUCAGCCGCUUCAUGUAUCUUCUCC